GGCUAUACUAGUAUACACUAUGGAGGAAGUUGAUUCAAUAAUUUUACAUUUCUUGCGUCAAUUAAAUAUUGAAAUAAAAGACGACGUCACCAACAUCUGCACGCUCACGGAAGAAACAAUAAUAGAAUCUGCCUCAAAAUGUAUUUCAGCCAUUGAUCCUAAUUUAAAGGUGCCCCUUAAACUGCCUCCAGGUGUUUCUCAAAGAAUAGAAGUUGCAUCUCAUGUAGCAGCUAUAUGUAAGGAUUUGGGAUAUAAAAAUGAUGUUGGUUAUCAAACUUUCCUUUAUCAUAAUGAAAACGAUUUAAGACAAGUUUUUAUGUUUCUUAUUGAAAAACUACCAAGAGAAGACAAGAAAAUAUCAAAGGCAGUAACAAGAGAAGCAAAACCUUCGCUUUUUCGAGAAAUUAGCAAUAAAAUAGGUGAAGACCUAAAUUCAAUAUGGAUACCACCAUGCUGUAAAUCAAACAAUAAAAAUUAUAAAAAAUUUUGUGUAAAAAAUGAUCAUGCAGAUAAAUCUUCUGAAAUCAUUAAUAUUUUGGCCAGAAUAAAUGAACUUAAGAAUGUUAAAAAAAUAAAAGAUGAGACAGUUAAUGUUGACAAUGAAGAUUGGAAAGUAGAGGAAAGAAAAGUUCAAGAAGAAGAGACAAAUGAACCAAAACAAACUCUUAAAGAGCUAAAGGAAAACACAAUAUUUUUGAGACAAAAAUUGGAUUUACUAGAAAGUGAAAAAAAUGUUAUGGACAUGGAAUAUUCACAGGCUCUCAAAAUGUGUGAAAGAUCAGAAGCUGAUUUGCAAAACAUACAAAAUACUUUAAUGAGUAUAGGUGUAACAGACACAGAUUCGGUGUCAGAAAAUCUGAUGGAAGAAGCAAAUGAACACAUUGCUGUUCUACAUAGACAAAGUGAAGAAAUAACUUCUAAGAACAUGUCACUUAAAUUGGAAAUUGAAAAAAUUGAAAAUGCCAAAUCAUUGAAUGAUUCUGAUAGAAACAAAUGCAAGAAAAUACUGAUAUCAGUAAAAGAAACUGCUAAAAGUAUGAAAGAAGAAUGUGAGAAGAAAGAAGAAUUAAGAAACCAACUAAAACAAAGAUAUGAAAAACUAAAAUCCGGAAAUAAAAGGAAUAUCUAUACCAAACGAAUUAUAGAGAUAAUUGGUAAUGUUGACAAGCAAAAUGCAGAAAUAAAAAAAAUUUUGGAAGACACAAGACAACUUCAAAAGGAGAUUAACACAUUAGAAGGCCAGUUAGAGAGGUGUUUUGCUGUUGCUGACGAAACCUUAUUCAAAGAUGCAAAGAAAGAUGAUCAAGCCAAGAAAGCUUACAAGUUGUUGGCCCUUCUGCAUUCUGAAUGCAACACAAUUGUUUCCCUAGUCAAUGAAACUGGGACAUUGUCUAGAGACAUAGUAGAUUUAGAGGACAAUAUCAAAACAGAAAAGUCCAAGAGAACCGAAGAUGUGUUACAAAAAAUUAAAAUAGACUUGGCUCAGUUACAAAAUGAGAUGUCAAAUCAAUAAUUUUUAAAAUGAAUAUUCUUAAAA